GUGCCUUGAUACUUUGGCGCUCUCUACAACCUUGCGCACGUCGACGUAUCGAAUCUUUGACGUCGUGAGUAUUGCUCUGGUAAGCUGCCCAAGGUCACGCCCUCCAACAAGCGAUAAUCGAGCAUUGUCGUCAGUAUACAUAUACAAGCUUUUCAGCCACCCGCCUUCUUCCUACGCAAUGGUCAAAAGAGCAGCCGCUUUAGCCCCGGGAGGCGGUCAUGCACCAACAACGACGGCGCCAGGCGCGGGCACGGGCAAGGGCAAGCGUAAAGCAGUGUCUGACCAAGCAGAGUCAGACGUCGUCGUCCCAUCAUCCCCGGCCACCACCGAGAGCUCUUCGAACGGAUUCAAAAUCGCACUUUCCUACGUGCACAGUUUUCUGUCAGUGCAUUUUCCAGGCUCUGCCGCCGCUCUCGCGACAGAGUCCAAGUCAGGGUCCGGAUCCACAAAUGGCUCGGAUGGUAGACCGACGAAGAGGGCUAGAAAAUCGGCAGACAUGGUUCAGGAAGUGUUGAGUGGACUGGAAGAGGUGGAGAUGGACAUGGAAGUGGGUGCUGUGCCUCAAGAGCCCACCGUUGCGUCGAAGGUGGAGCAAGGCACGCGCCAAGUCGCCAAGUCGGACGACAAGGACGGGGACAGUGAUAGUGAUAGCAGUGACGAGAGCGAUUCAUCCAGCAGCAGCGACUCAUCCUCAUCGUCCAGCUCCAAUUCAAGCUCAAGCUCGAGCUCCGCCUCCUCCUCUUCCUCCUCUUCCUCCUCUUCCUCCUCUUCAUCCUCGUCCUCAUCCUCAUCCUCAUCCGAAGACUCCUCACAACCAACGCCAAGCUCAGCAGGUCGCAAAGCAGCUCAGCCAGUUGUGACGACUGCUACAAGCCCCACAAUUACCAGCGAUGAUGCCUCAGAUCCGGGAAUCUCUUCACCAGCGAAAGCGGACGCUGAAAAGAAGCAGGCUUCAGAAAGCAAGCAGGCAAGCGAAAGCGGCAGCGACAGCGAUACCAGCAGCAGCAGCAGCAGCAGCAGUUCGGAUACCGAAUCAGAAUCGAGUUCCAGCUCGAGUUUGACUUCAGAAUCAGACUCGGAUUCUGACUCUGAUUCUGAUUCUGACUCUGACUCUGAAUCCGACUCCGAUACGGAUGCGCAAGAGAAGGAGGCACAAGCAAACGCUGCACUGGUCAAGAUCAAGCAAGAGCCAGGAGUGAGUCCUGCAGUGGCAGCGGCAAGAGCAGCAGCAGUCACACCUGUCAGGGUGGUCAAAGCUUCUGAGAGGACCAAUGAGAAGACUGGACCAGCAGAGACUGCAACACAGCCGGCUGUGGCGAAGAAGAAGAGCGUCGCAAAGGCUUUACUGGAGAAGAAGCUGGAAAGCGCAAAGGCGAAUGCCAAGAAGGCAAAGGCGGACUCGGCUUCGGAAUCAGAUUCGGCAUCGUCCAGCUCUGACUCGAGCUCGAGCUCUGAAUCCAAUUCGUCCGACAGCUCCAGCUCCAGUUCCAGUUCCGAAUCUGAGUCGGGCUCAGACUCCGAUUCCGAUUCCGAUUCCGACUCCUCGUCUUCUUCUUCCUCAUCUUCCUCCUCCUCAUCAUCUUCUGCUUCCUCCUCUUCUUCUUCCUCUUCUUCGUCGUCAUCUUCAGCAUCAGUGGCAAAGCCUGCCGCCGCCAUCUUGGCAGUGGAACCAAAGACGAGCACACCAGUAGUAGCAACAAGCACCGCAGCCACGGCUUCACUCCCGUCCUUGAGCGCUUCGCCCUCCGUCGACACCUCUACCGGCAAGGUAAAGCGUCAAACGGGUGUUCCCUUUUCGCGCAUCAAGGCCGACGCUGUCGAGUACGCGCACGACGGCAUGAGGGACAUGUCAUACAGAGCCCUUGCCGGAACUUCUGGCUAUGGAGCUAAAGCGGCGGCAGACUUUGCACCUGCGAAGGGUAAAGCUUUUACAAAGGCAAAGAACAAGAUGAAGAGGGGCAAUUACAGAGCUGGUGGAGAAGCGAUCGACAUGGGAAGCAAGUCCUUCAAGUUCACGUACGACGAUGAAUAGGUCUUGAUUCCGACAUUCCCGCAGCGCAUAGGACUCAAAUGCUGAACGCCAUACGAUUCACAAAGUCGCCC